AUGGUGGAAUCGAUGAAUUCACACAACCCGUUCUUGGCGCAUGUAUCAGCUAAGCCGACAAGUGAGUCGAAGGGUAGUGCUCUUGAUGAUCUCGUUGGUCUUGACUUGAGCACGCCGCAGCCAGUGGCGGCCCCGGUGUCGAAUGAACUACAGGCCAGUAAUCUGGGUGGAAAUGUAGAUGGGAUGUCUGGUGACAUGCCUGGUGGUUUUCAAGACCCCGUAUCGCCGGAACAAGAGCGACUUCCCACGACGCCACUGCCCAAUACCAAAAACCCUUUUCUGUCCGCAGCGGCUCCCACAGCGCUAGUGUCAGCAAGCCACUCUUUGCAGGAGCCCCAGCACGCAUUUAAUUCCGCGGUGACUGAACAUACAUCUUCUUUUCUCCCCGAGGACGUCGGCACCAAUGAUCCGGAUGCCGACGAGUUCCAGGAUGCAGAUACGUCUCUGCCGCGCAGAGUCUCCAUGAAGGAUCCGUCGUAUUUUCCAGAAACAUCCGCAGGGAUGAUUAGACCCAUCUCUUCUGCAACAGCAGCAUCCACACUAUACGAUGCACGCACCUUGACCGCCGCAUCUCCGUUUCCCAGCACUACAGGGCCGUUUGUCGCUUCCACAUCGUCAGGAGCUGCAUCAACGCCAAUCAAUGUAUUGUCGUCCCCUGAGAGAAGCCCAUUUUCCGCACCUGGUAUGCGGGAAGGUGUAGUCCCCUCAAUGAAUCCCUACGUUCAGCAUUCUACUCCAGCCGACUCACGCACGGGCUCCUUGGUUCCUGUUGAGCAGGGUGUGCCGGGUCUCGGCCAGCCUGUGGCAAGCACUCGUGCUGGUGUGGCGCAGCCACUAAGCUAUAUGCCCUCACUGUCCUCUUCUUCCACAGCCGUGCCUGUAGGCGUGCGAACACCGAUGACAUCAAUCCCGGCUUCGACCACAGGUACCCAGGGGUCGUCGGCGGCCAACGCAGAUACACAGGCCCAAAUUGAUGCAGAUGCCAAGCUAGCACAGAGUCUUGCAGCUACGAACAUUUCCGAUGAGACACAGUGGUCUGUGAAAGACAUCUUGUGGCGUGGCCGCAAUACCAAGAUCAUCAUGCAGAAUGCAAAUGGGCCAUGCGCGCUGAUAGCACUGACGAACGUGCUGCUUCUCCAGAAUCAAAUCAAGAUCACUCCGCCGGACCGCCCCGCUGUUUCGUACGCAUACGUCUCUGACAUGCUGGCCGACUAUUUCCUGGAGCACAGUACUGGGCGCGCCGAUGCAGUGGAGCUCAGUCAUGUGCUCAGCACGCUGCCAAAGCUGCUCCAUGGAUUCCAAGUCGAUGUAUUUUUCGAUCGCCCGACGCAUUUUGGCUCCGACAUAGGUGCGGAUACCUCUGCGGAGCUCUCUCUGUUCCGCAUGGCAAAUGUACCGCUACUGCAUGGCUGGCUACCCGAUCCAUCGGAUGCUCCGACAUGCGAGGCUUUGCAGCAAGUCCGAAGCUACAAUGGUGCGACGGCCCUGCUUGCCCGCCAAGAUGCAGGUGACGCGGCUGAUCUAUCUGCUGCCCGCGUUGGAGACUUUAUGCGUAUGCACGCAACACAGUUAACGCCGUGGGGUCUGCAAGCUUUGUCUCAGGAACUUUUGCCUGGUCAGUUGGGUGUCCUGUUCCGCAACUCACAUCUCUCGGUGAUAUACCGCAGGCGUGUCGAUGAAGGCAUGUCGUCAUCGCCCCAACUAUACAUGCUCGUGACAGAUUCGGCUUUUCUGAUGGAUGACCGGACGGUGUGGGAGAGCCUGCAAGACACGCGCGGCAGUGACACUCGAUUCUAUGAUGCUGACUUCGAGCGUGUAAUGCGAUCGGAGCGCGAGUGGGGUGUGACGGCUAACGGCCUAGGGUCUGGCACAACAGACGACUAUACUCUGGCACUUCGCUUGCAGAACGAGGAGCGCGAGCGUGCACGCGCAGUUCAGCGUGCACGCCGCAUGCAUGCAGAUGUAUAUCGAGACCCACAGCGCAGUGCCUCUACACCCACGGGAUCGUCUUCCUCGAAAAAGUUUUCCAAGAUGAUGCCUAAGAUGCGUCGGAAAGAAGGCGGUGGUGGCGACAGCGCUGACGACGGCAAAAACUGCAAGGUCAUGUAG